UGACAGUGAUGGAACAACGGCCGUUAUUCCAAGGCGUCAACUAAAAGAUGCGACUGUGGGACAGCAAUUUCAUCUGAAAGCAGCUGGGAACCACCUUUGUGAAAUCUAACAUCUUGCAGACACAAAGGAUGAAUUAGACCAAUGGGAGCGAGUGUGGUCAACAACAUCAAGAAGCAAGAUGAUUGACCAACAGAGGGACAGUGGUGAAACAAUUGGAUUUCUUGACCAGCAGAGUCUUCAACCGUUUUUUCUGUUGGACCCAGUAACUGUUACCGACUCAGCUCUUCCCAAAACCUCUGGAAAACGCGAGAAGUCAUCUCCAAAACAACAAAUCAGAAAACGAAAGAAUGAAAAAAUCCCGAACCCAAGAACCAAGAAAGUGACCCCUAAACCAAAAGGUGCAUCGACUCCAAAGUCAACUCUAAAAAGGGCAUCACAUCCACAAGAUGCCUCAACUCCAAAAGAGGCGAAAAUAUUAUUUAAAUUCUGCAUACAAACUGUUUGAACAGGGACUUUUAUUGUUAACUCUUUCAACGUGUUUCAACACUUGUAUUCUGUAAGCAAUCCGUCACAUUUGUUUUUUCAUUUUCUGUGAGUCUUUUUAUAUUUAAGUUAAAGAAAUGUGAACUAUAAAGAGUAUUUGGUCAUUAUCUUUUUUUACUUGCUAUAAAGAUUUAAGUAAAAGUGUCUUUGUACGUUUAUUAUAGCUUUAUGUAUGUUACUUUUAUGUUAUGUAUUGAUAACUGUUGGAUUUACUUUGGUAUUGUCUUUUUUUUAAAGAUUUCCAAAGUUGGUAUUUGUUCCAUGGGUAUAGCUCUUGCUCUUGCUCUUACUAACAUGCCAUUUAUUUUCUCAUCUAUACUUUUUAUAAUAUAAUAUAUAUGGUACACUUACAUGGUACCAUGUUAGUGUUCGUGUGUUGUAAAUAGAUGAAUUUGCGGGAAAUAAAAAAAACAACUAGCAUUUCGUAUCUACAAACAUUUAUGUUACCAGACAACCUGUAGAAUUUAACUUUAUUUUAUGACAUUGUUGAUUGAUGGGUAUUUAUGGGGCUUUAGUUUGAUUUUGAUACUCUUCAUUUAAAAGAUUGUUAAGUUUAAAAUAACCAGGUCCUUUGUGUUGUAUUAUAGUAAUUGAUUAUUUCAAUCAAAUAAUGAUCUGUCAUGUAUCCUGGUUUUAUGUUUGUGUUAUUAAUUUAUUAUAGAUCUAGACCAAAGUUAGAUCUAGACCAAAGUUUAGUCAAAUUACACUGAAAACUUUGUGGCAUGUUAGUGCAAUGCUAAAUAACAUACAUAUGCAUAUAAACCUUUUGCCAUUUGUUCUCUUAUGUCUAUGUUGUGCAUUCGAUAUUAUGCUUCAUUUGUUUGUUAUUGAUGGAUACUACACCAGAGAAAUAAAUAUGCAAUAUGCUCAGAUAACUUGUCUUUUAUG